AUGGAAUUUUCGCUGCUUCUUCAAAACACUCGUGAACUGUGGAAGGAGUGGGAGAUGCGGUUGCUUGUCCUCCUCAGCUUGUUCCUCCAACUGACCCUUGCGACUCAGGCCAGACGAAGGAAAUCCAUCUUCUCGUACUGCAACCAUGUAAUGAUCUGGACGACAUACCUAUUGGCCGACUCCAUUGCGACCUUCUCUCUCAGUAUCCUCUCGAGCCGCCUGGCCAACAUCCAGGAAACGAAGGGGACAACCAAUCCGAAGAGCCAGAUUACAGCGUUCUGGGCACCAUUCCUUCUCCUCCACUUGGGCGGGCCGGACACGAUCACCGCGUAUGGCCAGGAGAACAACGACCUAUGGCUGAGGCAGUUAGUGCGGCUUUGCAUCCAGGUAGGACUAGUGUGUUUCAUUUACUUCAUGGCCUUGUCGGGGUCUCCACUGUCGAUGUUCGCAGUGGGUAUGAUCCUGGUGGGGUUCAUGAAAUAUGCAGAGAGGAUAUUGUGUUUGUACUUGGCGAACGAAGGCCGGCUUCGAGAUUCGUUGCUUGUACUCCCGAAUUUCGUUCCCAUAUACACCAGGAUAAUGGAUCAGUACACUCUGAAGGAACUGGAGGGUUACCUGGUCGAAAUCGACGAGGUCACAGAGGUUUCAUGUGCGGAUGAUUUCCCAGGGAACAGCUAUGAAGCCUCCAACGAAAAAGUCUUCACUAUGGACAAAGCCUAUGAGUUGUUCGAGGUCUUCAAGCUUCUCUUCUUGGGCUAUAUCCGCAGAUUUGGGGACCUCGAGGCCUGUAAGCGCAUGUUCAUGAAACAUCGUCACAUGGAUUCGAAUAUGGCUUUUGGGAUCGUGGAGAUCGAGCUUGGGCUUAUGUACGAUCUUCUCUACACCAAGGUGCCAUUGCUGAACUGUGCUUGGAGCAUCAUUCGUUGGGCCGUCAGUCUCUCUGUGCCGAGUGCCAUUUUGGUAUUCUUCUCCUUACAGGAUAAGAAGGAUUACGCCAAAGUUGAUAUCUGUAUAACUUUCUUUCUGAUAAGCGUGGCUAUACUUUUAGAGAUUUACUCGCUUCUUCUAGCAAUUUCAUCCGAUUGGGUCAACCACUGGCAGCUUCAGAGAGUCGGGAAAUCCGCAAUUUCAUCCGCUGUGGCUUUUCUCCAGUUCUGCCCGAACAGAAGAUGGUCGAAUUACGUGGCCCAGUUCAACCUCUUCAGAUUAUCUAUCAGGAAGAGAAACAGGAUCUUCCUCAAGUAUCCGUGGCUCUCCAAGUCAGACGAGAAGUUGAUGAUCUUUUACAUCGGUUACAAAAUGUUCAAGAGCAACGUGAAAGAAUGGAUCUUCCGUCACAUGAGGGAUACGGCCCAAAAUCUGGAACGGAACCACAGAUUGGAGAACGGGCUGGCGAGUCUCAAGCUGGAGGCGAGCGAAAUACUGAUGAGGUCAAACUGUGGUCAUCUGACAUGGAGUGUGGAAGCGAUGGAGUUUGACAAGAGUAUCCUCAUCUGGCACGUCGCCACUGAGCUCUGUCAAUCAGCUCUGUCAAUACGUGGACAAGGAGGAGAUGCGGGGCAGAAGCGCUGA